AUGCCCUGUGACACUAGUAUUCGCCUCCACGGCAUUGACCUUCGUGGAAAGUUGGAGACAAACUGGGCACUGGAGCAUCAUCAAUUCAUUGAGCUUUGGGACCAGCGGUUGGAGUCCAUCGUUGACGGUCACCUGUUUCAGGGUGUUAUGGAUCCGCGUGAUCCUUACAUGGUAUGGUACAGGCAGAUUACACGCCUUUUCAUCAACCCUACCUACACCCCACCGUCCACGCACUACCAUCCAGCUUAUGAUGUUAUCAGCGGACUUGCGGGGGAUAUGGGUGCGAUGGUUGAUGCACUUUCAGAUGCCUUAGCAGCCGUACCCACCAGAGCCCAGGUUGAGCGGGUGCGAGAUAUGGGCAUACAUAGCUUGCAGAGAUAUGGCCAUGGCCAUCUCGUCCACCCCAGGGACGAUCAUGACCCCAACUCCUUCCAUUCACAGUUCGACUUCGGACAGAGUAGUGGUGGAGGUCAUACUUCAGGCUCUACACAGGCAGAGGAUUACUUCAUCCAUAACACCGCUCCCGGCCACAACCAGGAUGACUCAUCGUCUCGCCAGCUGACUUCUCCACCAUCCCGAGACCCAUUCACCACCAUUCAGCAUUACACGAGGCGUCCGAGGCGUGUUCGUAGACGGACGGAGGUCACACAGGAUGGAGAUCAGUUAACUCCAAUACAUGAGUCCGGAUAG